AUGUCUCCUGAUCUGAACCCAAUCGAACACCUAUGGGGAAUUCUGAAGAGACAAGCUGAGCAUCAUUAAUGCAUUCAGGCUCUAAAAGAGGUUGUUCUUGAAGAAUGAAAAAAAAAUAGAUGUUGCAAUAUGUCACCAACUUGUUCAUUUCAUGCCCAGAAGACUUGGUGCUGUCCUUACAAAUCAUGGACUCAUACAAAAUACUAAAUGUAGUAGUUUUUGUUGUAGGGUGUAUUCAUUUUUGCAUCAACUAAUUUGAGUAAAACUGAAGAUUUUGUAAUAUAAGUUAUAUUAUUAUCCUUA